AUGUCUGAUUUGGUGGCUCGGACUGGUCGGCUUCAGCAGCGUUAUGAAGAUGGUUAUCGCCUCAUUGCUGGGUGUAUUCCUUUCAAGUACAUAAAUACGAAAGAAAAUGAUGGCGACACAUCAGAGAAGACUGUUGAAGUGCUAAUGAUCAACUCAACUAGCGGACCAGGUCUUCUAUUUCCAAAGGGUGGGUGGGAAACUGAUGAAACGGCUGAGCAGGCAGCAACACGGGAAGCAAUAGAAGAGGCUGGAGUACGAGGGGAUCUGGUGCAUUUCUUGGGAUAUUAUGCUUUCAAGAGCAAAACACUACAGGACGAGUUCAGUCCAGAAGGUUUGUGUAAAGCUGCCAUGUUCGCUUUGCUCGUGAAAGAGGAACUCGAGUCCUGGCCUGAAAAGAGCCAUCGACAAAGAAGUUGGCUAAAAAUUCCUGAAGCUAUUCAACAAUGCAGGCACCCAUGGAUGCGAGAGGCUCUUGAAUUAGGCUUUAAAAACUGGUAUCCUAUAAAUCAUGACCGCGGGGAACUUGGAAAAGAUGAUGCAAAUAAUUCAGUUGCUUUAGGUUUUGAACAUUUUCUGGUGAAGAUGGUUUCUUGCAUAUCAUUUCAACCAUUCCCUUGA